AUGAAGGGAGACACCCAGACGAAUUAUCACUUCUCUGUUAAAAAUGUAAAUUUCUUCAAAAGCGCCUUGGCCCUUCUAAGCGUGGAUGACAACAAAAGUAACUCCAUCCAGAAGAGAAGUACAACCAACCAGGGGGAGGUGGAAAAUUGUAUUCUGUUCAAUCUGUUGGGUGAUGGGUUAAUGUUAAGGAGCUUGUCUAAGUGUAAGCAGAUAUACUGUUUUCUGUUUUUGGAUUCUGACUGCUUUACUAGUUACAGUGUCUUGGAUAAGGGGGACAUGCAUAGGGAGAAGCGUCGAAGAAGAGGAAGUGACAGCUCCACGGGGGGGAAGAAUGACCCAUGUGGUGGUCACCAUUCAAGUGCCUUAUCCGAAGGUGCAUGCAGCAGAUGCCACACCCCCAGGGUGAAACGUUGCAAAGGGGAAUAUAAAAAUACGUAUAGCGAAGACAGCCACGAAGAUGAUACGAACAGCGUAAAUUCAGAUAAUUUGUACACCACACAUGCUAUAAACAUGGAGAGCAACAAUUUAAUAAAACUAAAGGCGGUGUCUCCACUGAAGGUUAAACCUACACAGAGUAAUAAAAAAGAAGAAGAAAAUGAGGACGAGUAUUUUAUUCGAAAAAAAGUAUAUGAAAAAAUCGAUGACGAAAAAAAAAACAACAACAUUGAAUUUCUCGUUUGUCAGUACGAAUUACUCAGAUCAGUAGAAUUUUUAGACCCUAUUCUUUUAAACAUAAAAUUUGACUACCCGAAUAGGAAGCUGAUUCUGCACCUGACGGAUGAAGAUGGAGACACAUCUGAAACUUUUGUGAGAAUCAUUGUAGACUACUACUAUGAAAUAAGCAAGUUAGAAAAAUACACCUUCCUACAAAAUGACUACAAUUUCUUUUCCAUCCUGUCUACGACUUUUUCCUUUUACCUGGACUACUUGAUUAAGGGCACCGAUGAGUACAUUACUUUUUACAUAACCGAAUAUACUAACGAUAGUAGCACGGUGCUUAGAAUGGAAACGAAAAAUAAGAAUUACCAACGGUCCGUUCAGCUCAUGCCGAGGGAAAACUUUCAGGACUUUAAGAGCUCAAAAAGUCAAAUAUUCAAGUACCGGAUAAGAGACUUAUCAAAAAUUAACCAGGCGCUCAAAAUAAGUUCCCACCUCAGAAUGGAUUUCCAGGAAAACGGCUUGCUGCGGUUUCAGUUUACCCUCAGGGAAUACAACAUGAACGGAACGCAUUUGUGUUACUUCGUACAACCCCUGACAGAUAUGUCCCUUCUCAAUUUUGCGUAA